AGUUAUCUCAAGAAAUUUUCCUAUAGUAAUGCUCGGUCAGAAGAUUUUUGGGACAUUUUGAAUACAGUUGAUUCGCAUGCAAAGGGGCCCAAAGGAGGACACUUGAAUUUACAGAAGUUUGCCGAUCACUGGAUAAAGCAGAUGGGAUUCCCACUCGUGACCGUGAAAGUUAAGAAUUCCUCUACAUUCGAAGUUACUCAAUCUCGAUAUAAGAGAGAUCCAAAUGCGAAGGAGGUUAUGAAAUAUCGACAUCCUAAACAUGGGUUCAAAUGGUACAUUCCAAUAUGGUAUCAAAUGAACAAAGAUCCAGUCAAGUUCACUUGGCUGACCACAAGUAAUUUUUAUAAAUUUUUACAAGAAAUACUCUGUGAUGAAGAGAUGCUGAUA